AUGCUCGGCCUGGAUGUGUGCGAGGCCGGCGGGCAGCUGCUGGAGCUGCUCUGGCUGGCGCUGUGCUACCGAGACAUCAUGGCUGACAAGGAGGGGGUGACGCUGUCGUUGGAGGAGGAGGAGGAUGCCGACGUGGCCCUGGCGUAUAAGACACCGGAGAAGAAGAGCCUGCAGGAGAUCCAGGAACUGGACCCGGGUGAUGAGAGCCUGCGGAAGUACAAGCAGGCUCUGCUGGGUGCCAUUCCUGCUGUCCUGGAUGCCAGCAUUCCCAACGUGCAAGUGACAAAGCUCACCCUGAUGUGUGAGCAGGCUCCUGGACCCAUCACCAUGGACCUUACAGGAGACCUGGAGGUGCUCCAGGGCCAGGCCUUUGUGCUGAAGGAGGGAGUGGACUACAGGGUGAAGGUGUCCUUCAGGGUGAACAGGGAGAUUGUCUGUGGGCUGCGGUGCCUGCACCUCACCUACCGCCGGGGCCGGCCUGUGGACCGUGACAUCUUCAUGGUGGGCAGCUAUGCGCCGCGGGCUGAGGAGUAUGAGGUGGUGACGCCGGCGGAGGAGGCACCGCGGGGCUGGCUGGCACGGGGCAGCUACCGCGUGCGCUCCCUUGUCACCGAUGAUGACAAGACAGAGCACCUCUCCUGGGAGUGGGGCCUCUGCAUAAAGAAGGCCUGGGAGGACUGA